AUGGCCGCCGAGGACCUGCCUCUGAAGGAGCUGGCUCUCGUUUACUUGGAUAGGACUGGAGGGCUGCACAAAUUUAUCAACGACUGCAUUCGCUACAAUGAUUCCAAACAGUGUCUGGCUGUUUAUCGCUUCAUUAUUUGUGUGAAUCCAGCUGACUUGACAGAGUUGGAUGCAAGGCUUGGUAACUGUGUUCUUCAUCAGCCUAUAAGAGCUGCACAUUUGUUUCAGUCUAUUUGCUUUACAUCUAUCAAGACAUUAUCAUUAAUUCAACAGUUAGAAACAGAAAACCAGGUUAUUGUUGUGUUAAAGCUGACACAUUUACCUCCACUACCAAAUUACUCACUUAACCUCUGCCAGUUCCCUCGUGGGUACCAGCUGUUGAGAUACUAUAAGGUAGAAGGAGUAGUGAUUGCAUUGACGACUGUAACAAAGUACACUCAAGGUGCAAGAUUCCUUUGUUCUGAAUCAAGCUGCCCUUUUUCAACAGGCUUUCAGUACAUUCGAGUGCAUACUGUAGGUGCUACAGAAUCAGCAACUGUGCGAAAUGACUUCACAUGCACUUUGUGUAACUCUGCACUCAAGGAAGACGUGAAAUUUAGAGUGCUAGGUGACAAACAGCUUGUUGAAAUAAUUGAUGCAGCUGCCCUUGAUGUCAUAAAAGGAAAUCAAGUCAACAGAUCAUGCUCUCGAUACCAGUCGUUCACUGUGUUCUUGAGGGAUGAGCUUCCUAACAGAAUGAAAAUGGGCAAUAGAUACUACGUAAUAGGAAUUCCAGCUCAUAUAUACAGUGGUUCACACCUGCAAUUAUGUAUGGAAGCAAAUAGCAUACAGCCAUGGUUUACAAAUGAUUCACCCUUCAUCAGUGACAACUUCAAAUACCUACUUUCUAUCACUUCAACUUCACCUUGGAGAUUCACAGCUGUUCUGGCCGAUAUCUUUGCUGCACAGAUUGUCCCACCCGGCACUUACAACAUUCUGAAACUCAGCCUGCUACUGAGUCUGGUUCAGACCUGCAAAAAUGACAAGCAGACACUGGGAUACUUAGACCUUUUAGUUGUUACAAGUGAUCCAGUAACAGUGGACAGGCUGUUAACAUAUAGUUUGAACCUUGUGCCUUGUGGAGUGCGACAUUUACCAUCAUAUGAAAUGUUUGCUACAGUGUCAAAAGAUGAACAUGGAACUGGCACUGCCAAAGUUCAGGCUGGCUCUGCCUUAUUGGCUAAGGGAGGUAUCUGCUACAUUGGAGAACUUUUUUCUUACAGAAAAGACAAGCUUGACUUACUUCACACAGUUUUAGAGACUAGGAACACCACAGUGUUUAUUUCUGGAAAGAAGUUUGGAGAAGAUAUUGAUCAGCAGAUGUCCUUUCCAAUCCAGUGCAACUUCUGGGCUUUGGCUGAUGCUGAUACCCACCUAAAGAAAGCUAUGCAACGAGAAGAUGCUGUAAUUGGUUCAAUGGACAUCAGCUCAGUCCCAGCUAAUCUGGUUGAUGGUUUUGGUCUGUUGAUUUACUGCUGUGAAUCAUCCAACUACCAUUCUCCUGUGCACUUAAUACAGCAUGUACUGAGUGAAGCUAUGAAUCCAGGCAAGCCUCUUUAUCCAGCACUACAGAACUUUACAACUCAAGACUAUGAAAAGCUGCUAGCAUUUGCCAGAAACCAGCAGACUGAACUUACUUCCGAGGCCGAGAGGCUCAUCCAAGGGUAUUACACUGCCAGCCGGAGAGUCCGAACUGAUCCUGUCCAUGGAUCUAAAAUUUCUCCCACCGCACUGAAGGCAUUAAUGUCAUUGUCUGAAACACAUGCCAAACUCAGCCUGAGAAACAGGGUAUUGGAAGAGGAUGCUGUCAUUGCAAUUUUGCUGUAUGAAAUUUCCAUCACUGCGAGACAUGGUACCUCAGUGUUAUGUGUGGCUCCCAAUGCAGUGUUUCCCUUUGAGCUGUGUGAUGAGCAUAGCUUAAAUCAAAGAGAUAUAUAUUUGGCACAAUUCCAUCAACAGCUGUUACAGUUCUGUUAUACAUAUGCUCCUGGGAUGUCUGUACACUUUUCUGAAGAAUAA